AUGCAUGUCAUCCCAACCCCAAGUAGGCAAGUGGGUUCGGUACAAAUCUCUCUGCAUGUCUCUCGCUGCAUCGCGCUGCUCCUCUUCGCCUGCGUGGCCGCCGACUCGCACGAGUCCCGCAGGCUGAUCAUCGGCGGUGCCGGCGCGUCUCCAGACGCCUUCCCGUCGGUCGCGUCGCUGCAGCGGCUCGCAACGCACACCUGUGGAGCGCACCUCGCCUCAGCUGUCUGGGCCGUGACCGCCGCGCACUGCAUCGUCGACGACGACGGGAAAUUGCUGCCCCCGCAGCAGCUUCGACUGCUGACCCACGAGUACGACCUCGGGGCUACCUCGCCCUCCAGCCCGUGCUCGGCCGUCACAGGCAUCAUGGACGUCAUCCCGCACCCAGAGUAUGCGCCCUCCAGCUCCGGUAGCCUCGCUCACGACAUUGCGCUGCUGCGCCUCUCGGAGCCGCGUCCGGACGAGUGCCUGCAGGGCUUGCCGCGGCUGGACCUCGGUAACAGCGAUCUCGUCGACGCUCUCGUGCGGGAAAAGGGAGACGGAGUCGUCGCCGGCUGGGGGCGCACCUCCUUGGACGGCGCGCUCUGGCAGACGUACCCGCGAAAGCUGCGGGAGAUCGCAGUCCCGAUCGUCAACGAGGGCGUCUGCAGCCGCAACUACGGCGCAUCGUACUCUACGAGAGCAAUGAUCUGCGCCGGCGGGCAGCGCGGCAGAGACACCUGCCUGGGCGACAGCGGCUCUCCCAUGCUUUCCGAGCUGGCGGGCACUGGCGAACGCGUCGUCAUAGGCAUCACCAGCUGGGGAUUAGGCUGCACCGCCGAAACCGUCUCCAACGGCAUCGAAGUGCCUUUUAGCGGCUGCGCCAACUGGGACAACGACCUGCAAGGCUCGAUUCCCUCCCUCGUCUGGUGUUGUCCGGGGGCGGCCUACAUCUACUGCAACAGCAAGCUGCCUUCCUACACCCAAUGCACAGACUCUCCGGAGUACGAAGACGAGUAUGGAGGCUGUGACUCCUGGGAGGGGUUCCUCUGCACCAUCGCGCACUGGUACGUGAGUGACUGGUCUGCGGCGCGCUCUCGGUGGCUGGUCUACUCCUGCCCCGAGUCCUGCAUGGACGUGGCCGCUUUGAUCGAUUCCUUCGCCACUUGCGACCCCCCUGUGAUUGUCUCCGCCGAACAUAUGACCCUCGAGGAUCUCGGCGACGACAAGGUGCAGGCCACCAUCGUGCAGGCCGAGGGUGGGCCGGCCGCGGAGGACAUCACGGCUGCCGCGGAGCAGCUAGCCUUCCUCACACGCAUGGCCGAGCAGCUGGGGGUGGCUAAAGUCGGCUUCGACGCGCCGCCCGUCACGGUCACGGUGGACGGUCUGAUGAACACACCAGCGAAAACGCUGGUGACGAUGGCCCAGUGCUCGAGCUGUGGACGGUGGCUCUUAUCGCUGUGGGAGCGGCCGCUGCAGUGCUGUGCUUGGGGGGCUGUUGCAUUUGGCGGAGACGGAGGGGCGCUUGUGCCGUCCGCCAUCGCCGCGACGCGAUGCAAGAGGCCGAGUGUGGAGUCGUGCCGGGAUUGCGGGUAA